GGUGGGGAUGGGCAGCUGUGCUCUCCUGCUCCAUCUUGCGGCUUGUCGGGCUAAGCAGUCGCAGUUCAGGCUCUCCUUCCCGAGCUUUGGGCAGCGUCGACAGCGGCACCGACAGCCAUUUGUUCCGCAAGCCGAUGCCAAAGUAUUCGGUCUGAAGGCCCCGUGGUCUUCAGCCUCCUCGAUGAGCUGUCGAAGGAAGUUCUCUUCCUGUAUCUGAAGCAGAGGUAAUUCGCGCUUGAUGGCGAUGCUUCGACUGAGGAUUCUUUCAAUUCGCAGGCACAUUCUCAGUUAAAGUUCCCCGUUGUCUUCGAGGACGGCAUGCAGCCUUUUUACUGUCGCAUGAGCAGGCGCUAACUGAUGCGCGGUAUCAAACCAUCGCUGCGUUGUCUCAUGAGUUGGAUUUGUUUCAGGCUUCUUGCGGUUCUCCUCCGCCGCCUGUUUCUGGUGAUUGGCUGGCGCGGAAUUUGAAAUCGAGUCGGGCCUUCGCAAUCUCGGCUGGCAGCUGGCGUCUGUUAUCGAGCGCUCGCUUGACAAACUGCUUCAACCCAGACUGGACAAGUUCGCUGCUAACGUCUUGGUGGCGGUGCAAGCUGAACGCCGCCAGUAGGUGGACGCCGUAUUUGAUGAUGUUCGCCAUGGUGUACACGACAAGAUUGAUGGCAUGGGAACGACUCUCAAGACCGACCUCGCGAAGUCCGUGGAUCCGGCUUUACGCGUGGCGCGAGAAAACCGACCAGACGAACAGCGAACCGCAGCAGGUAAAAUCACAGUUUUCUACCAGUGCUCUGGGCGACCCGUUCGUCGAGAUGGCGCGCGUUGGAUUCACGGUUGGGGCCUCCGUCAACGCGAUUGGGCCGUCCAAGAUUGAGAUGAAUGGGAACAUCGGUAUCGCCCGCAGCUCCAAGGGGGAUAGGUUUCAGGGGCAGGCAUCAAAUUGUGUAAGGCUGCAAAUUUGAAGGUUCAUUGGUCCCCUGGUCUCCUCUUCGGCUCCUCCUACCUCUGGCAGGCUUCCUGGGUGCUCUAGAAAACCGGGGCCACCAUGUUCUACGAUAUCUGAGCAGGCUGCCGCAAUCUACCCUGAAAGCGUGAUUCGACUGGCUAUUUGUCGG